AUGGGCAAGUUUCCGCCAGCCGUCGAAGCGCAAGAUGCACGUGCAAGAGUUGGCGGGCUGCGGCCAAGCAAAUUUCCGCCAGCCUCCCUGCCCCCAACAAGCAAAUUCCCACCAGCCUGCAUGCCUCCAACGAGCAAGUUUCCGCCGCCCAGGGAAGCCCGUCCAAAGCCUUCACUCAGAUCGAUCAGACCCAGCCGUGCCCCUGAGCAGCUGCAGGCCCCACCUGCCGUGUGCACUCAGGAUGCUAAGGAGGAGGAGGAGGAGGAGCAGGAGGCAGCUCUAGCUGAAGUGGCGAAGGAGGAGGUGGUGCUAGGGUGGGCUAAGCAGCUUGCGUGCGCUGGGGAGGCAGAGGAGGAGAAGGCUCGGCCGGUAGUGUGGGCUAAAUCGGAGAAAGUGCAAUGGGCCGAGGAGGCGGAGGAGGAGGCGGAGGUUGAGGAAAUGCAGGCGGAGAAAGCUGAGGACGAAUGGGAGGAGGAUCGGGAGGAGGAUCAGGAGGAGCACGAGGAGCAGGGGGGCCAUGAGGAGCAGGGGGGCCAUGAGGAGCAGGAGGAGCGGGCAGAGGACAAAGAGAACGAGGAGGCCGAGGGAUCUCGGGACCAGCGAUGGGCCUCACAGUGGGCUGGGCCGCAACGGGCCCAGGAUGCCGAUGCCAACGCUUGGGAGACGUCACACUGGAACGGGUGGCAGCGCAGCUGGCAAAGCUUCCAGGGUGAGCCGGAAACAUCCAGGAAUUUUUCCAAGGAAGGCUACCGCAUCGACUGGGUCAGCCGCAGGGAGGCGAAGCUCAUGCUCACCAUGCAGGGCUUCACCAGCUUCCACAUUUCCAGAACGAUUGGAAAACGCGGCAGCAACCUCCUAGAGAUUGGGCGAAGGACGGGCACUAGGGUGCAUCUUUGUGGCAAAGAUUCUAACAGGCCGACUAGCGAGCCUAACCACUUGCUUAUACGUGGGGACGAGGAGCGGGUUGAGAAGGCAUUGGUAGUUGCGUGCCAAAAGGUGGAAGAGGUCCUGACCACCGACAUACCAAUCUGUGAGCAUUGCGGCGCAGACCACAAGAGCAGAGACUGCCGCAAAAUCAGGCAGGCCUAUGUCCGACAUGUAUAUGUAGACCCUUCUGCUAAUGUUGGGUUUAUCAUUGGCAGCGGCGGCAGGAACGUGAAGCCAAUCAAAGACGAGACCAGGGCCUUGAUCCGAAUGUGUGGCAUCGGGUCCGGUGAGCUGCGUGCAACCGAGCCUUUGCACAUGCGCAUCGAGUGUCCGACCGCGGAGGAGUUGGAGGUGGCUGCGGAGAUGGCCCAAGAACUGAUUGGCCGAGUGUGCAACUGGUCGCCAUACGACGAGAUGCCGCCCCAGGGCCACAAAUUCGCCAACCAGCUGAAGAUUGAGCUGGAGCUGGGCCCUGACCGCGAGAGCUACGACAGCAUCAACGCCCAUUUGCUGGGCAAGGGCGGCCAGAACUUCCGGCGUAUCCGCGACGCCACUGGCGCGUGGGUGUGGCUCCGUGGGCAAGGCUCCGGCUUCGGGGCCUCUGACGAGCCACUCCAUUUGCUGGUAGAACAUGAUGACCAGGAGGCGGCAGAGAGGGCCUUGCAGAUGGCCCAGGAGCUCUUAGAUUCCGUGUGCGCCCGACUGGGGAGCACCUUCUGCCGCAUUUGUGGGGGCCCCCACUUCACCUACCGCUGCAGCAAGGCCAACAGUGCUGGUUACCUCAAAGAGAUGAAGGCGAAGGGCGCAGGAAGAGGUCGCACUGAUGACGAGCAGAUUGGCCCGAAGCGGCGGAGAGAGGCCGAACCCACAGAGAGAAGCUGGUCAUAG